GCAAACGAAACGGACAGCUCAUUAUUAAGGCGGCAGACUCAAACUGAAAUGAGUGAUAAGUAAAGCCUUUCCUUAAAAAACGUUUAACGUGUUUUCAUCGUCAAGGUUGAUCAUUUUCCAUUAUGAAAAACUCUAAGGCAGCACCUGCUCAGGAAGAAUGUGGGAUUUGGCUGGACACGGUGCAGCUGAAAGAAAAGGCUAAAAAGAAACGCCAUGCCCGUCCUAUUUCUAAACUGUUGAAUCCUUUGGCUAAAGGUGAAGGGUACAGUUUGGCUGUAGCCCUCAACUUCACUCAGACUAAAAUGGAGAUGCCAAAAACUAAACAGAGUUCCAUAUCUGCUUUUUUUGCACCUAAACGUAGAGUUCUCCACAAGAUGUCUUCCACUGAAGCACCAAGCCUGGAUCCGGGGCAGCCCUCGUCACCGUCCACCACAGCCAGACCCGCGACUGUUUCAUCUGUGAAAAAACGAGCGCGUGAAAAUUGUUCUGAAAACUUGGAUUUGGAGUCUGAUGCCGGUAUGGAUUAUAAUUUGGAAAAAGAAAAUGUGGAAGAGGCUAACAUAACUACAUGGAACAAUAAGAGAACCCACUAUUCAGCUUCACUAGAAGGUAAAUCUGCAGAGUGUCAACCCCCUCAGUGCAAGCGGAGGCUCCUUGAGCCCUCACUUCUGGAUAAGGACAGUCAAAUCGCUCCGCAGCCAUGGAGUCAGGACCCUAUGUUCACCUUUAGCGAGUACUCUGAGGACUUCGCCGGCUCAGAGUCAAAUUUUAUAAACAAUAUUCAGAAUUCAGAGAGCUUUGGAAAUCUAAAAAAUAUGGAGGGAAAGACAUCAACUCAGAAACGUGCUGAAAACUGUUCUCAUUUAAAAGACGGGAAAGAAAAUAGCAGAUUAAUCUCCUCUAAGUCUCCAAGUAAAUAUAUUUCUUUAUCUCAUCUUGGAACUUGGUCAAAUCAUAAGUGGGCAGAGGUGAAAAACGCUUCACCACAAAAACAAAUUGAUCACUCGGGGAGCUGUCUUGUAAAAGAAUUGCAUUUUGACUCAUUGUGGAGAAAACCUAGAAGCUCUCCUCUUAAGAAACAGCAGAAAUGCAAGGAAUUGGACGAGGACAGUUUGGCCACGUUGUUCACUCAGGACUCAGAGGGAUUCAGGGUGAUAGCACAUCGAGGCCUCCAGACCAGGAGCCCACUCAAGGAUCAGAGUAACCUGAGCCCUGGAUUGGUGAGAAGUUACAAACCUGAGGAGGAGGAGGAGGAGGAGGAGGAUGAAGACGAUGAAAUACUCUUUACCCAAGACUCUCAGGGAAACAUGGUGAUCAAACACUAAACAACGCCUCCGUUUCCAAAUCUGGAAGUUGAAUUGAGCAAUUGUUAUUGUAGUUUUCACCAGGAUUUUUUCACACAUCUGAAUUUUUCUUUCUACUAGAGAACAUUCUUGCAAGCCAGACCUGAGAGAUAUUUUCUUUAUUUGAAAAAUGACAAGCAUUACAUAAAUUUAUUGUAAAUUAAACAUUAGUUUCAUGUAUAUUUCUAUCUGUCUUAUGCUAGUGCUCUGUGCUUAAUUUUAUUACAAAUUAAAGUGAUGUACAAAUACACAACGAGUGCUAAAUUAUACUACAGACAAAUGGCAUAAUUGUAGUGCAAAGCAGCACAUCUGAGCUCAAUUCUUGUACUGAUUACAGCAGCUAUAAAUACAAAAACCUCAUAACUGAAAUAGAUGCUAAAAUAGGAAUAAACAAUCCAGAACAGAGAAAGUAUAAAAUGUUAGUCUUAUAUUUAAAGAUAUAAUUUUCAGUAGCUACAUGGUCUCAUAUAAAUGCCUUUAUUGCUAUGGCACAGACAUGUAACAGAUGGGUUCUAGGUUUGUUUCAGUGUAAUCUGAUCAACCUGUGGGGGUGGGGAGAUUUAACAGCUGAAAAGUGCCAAAAAAAAAGCCAAAUUUAUAACGUCACAAAUACAGUUAUAGAGGUUAACCUAUCAGUCACUAUCUAUUACAUCCCUUUUGUAUCUUGCACCCUGCUAAAGUGUUCAUACCUCUUCCAAAUGUUGUGAAUACCUUGAAGUUUAAUAUAUUUCGUUAGGGUUUUGUGAGAGUCCAGCACAUAAAGAAAUGCAUAAUUAUGCAUGUUUUACCUUUUUGUUUUAACUGAAUAAACAUUUUAAAAUGUUUCGUCUGCCAGUCUACUGGGGUGAGUCUCUACCACCUUUGCACAUUUUGAGCCUCUGUGAAAGACAUUGUUCAAAUAUCUCCAGAAAUUCUCAACUAGAUUAGGUCUGAACUUUGACUAUGCCAUUUUAACACAUAAACCAUUAUACUGUAGAGAUGGAUGUUUGUUUAUUUAUUUCAAAUAUAUUCUCAUUCACAGUUCAAAUACCUUAAUAUGCAUUUUUGAGAGCUAUUUGAAAAGGAGCAUAAAGGAGAAGUAUAGACUUAUUUAAUCUUACCUCCUUUCUUUUGUCAUACUUUAUACACAUAACUCUUUACUUAAA